GCGGCGCGGUGGGAGGCUCCGCGGCCGGACAGCGCAGACAGGCGCCGGGCAGAGGAGCGCGCCUCUCGGCCUUUCCUCCGCGCCCCCGCGUUCCCAGGCGGCCGCCCCGAGAGGACCGGAGGAGGCAGGUGGCUUUCUAGAAGAUGACCAUAGAAGACCUUCCAGAUUUUCCAUUAGAAGGAAAUUCUUUGAUUGGAAGAUACCCAUUUUUGUUUCCAGGUUCUGAUACACCAGUUAUCUUUUCCAUUUCUGCAGCACCAAUGCCUUCAGACUGUGAGUUUUCUUUCUUUGAUCCUAAUGAUACAUCAUGCCAGGAAAUUCUCUUUGAUCCCAAAACUUCUGUAUCAGAAUUAUUUGCCAUUUUAAGACAAUGGGUUCCUCAGGUCCAGCAAAACAUCGACAUUAUUGGAAAUGAGAUUCUUAAGAGAGGUUGCAAUGUGAAUGACAGAGAUGGAUUGACAGAUAUGACUCUUUUACAUUAUACUUGCAAGUCUGGAGCUCAUGGGAUUGGUGAUGUUGAUACAGCUGUAAAAUUUGCAACUCAACUUAUUGAUCUGGGAGCAGAUGUUAGUUUGCGGAGUCGCUGGACAAAUAUGAACGCUUUGCAUUAUGCUGCUUAUUUUGAUGUCCCUGAGCUUAUAAGAGUGAUUUUGAAGACAUCUAAACCAAAAGAUGUGGAUGCCACUUGCAGUGACUUUAAUUUUGGGACAGCUCUGCAUAUUGCCGCGUAUAACUUGUGUGCAGGUACUGUGAAAUGCUUACUCGAGCAUGGAGCAAAUCCUGCAUUUAGGAAUGACAAAGGACAGGUCCCUGCUGAUGUUGUUCCAGACCCGGUCGAAAUGCCAUUAGAAAUGGCCGAUGCCGCGGCAACUGCUAAAGAAAUCAAGCAGAUGCUGUUGGAUGCGGUGCCUCUGUCAUGUGAUAUCUCAAAGCCCACGCUUCCAAAUUAUGAUCGUGUUACUAGCAAGGCAAUGCUUACGUCACUUGGCCUGAAGUUGGGGGAUCGUGUUGUUAUUGCAGGACAGAAGGUUGGAACAUUAAGAUUUUGUGGAACAACGGAAUUUGCAAGUGGGCAGUGGGCUGGCAUUGAGUUGGAUGAACCAGAAGGAAAAAACAAUGGAAGUGUUGGGAAAGUCCAGUACUUUAGAUGUGCCCCCAAAUAUGGUAUUUUUGCACCUCUUUCAAAGAUAAGUAAAGCAAAAGAUCGAAGGAGGAAUAUAGUACACACUUCUGCGAAAGCUGUGCCUCUCAUCAGAUCCCAGAAAAUUGAUGUAGCUCACGUCACGUCAAAAGUAAAUACUGGAUUAAUGACAUCCAAAAAAGAUAGUGCUUCUGGAUCAACACUUUCAUUGCCUCCUGGUGAAGAACUGAAAACUGUAACAGAGAAAGAUGCUGCCUUGCUUGGAUCCCUCAGCAGCUCCUCCUCUGCGUCUUCUUUGGAACACAAACAGAGCUGCCCCAAGAAACCGAAUGCCCGUGGCAAUAACAAGAAGACAAUGAGCAAAAGCCCGUCUGUCUCAUCUAGAGCCAGUGCUGGUUUGAAUUCCUCAGCAACAUCUAUAGCAAAUAAUACCCGUUGUGAAGGAGAACUCCGCCUUGGAGAUAGAGUGUUGGUGGUAGGCCAGAGGAUUGGUACCAUUAAGUUCUUUGGGAAAACAAACUUUGCUCCAGGGUAUUGGUAUGGAAUAGAGCUUGAGAAACCCCACGGCAAGAAUGAUGGUUCAGUUGGAGGUGUGCAGUAUUUUAGUUGUUCUCCGAGGUAUGGAAUAUUUGCUCCCCCCUCCAGGGUGCAAAGAGUAACAGAUUCCAUGGAUACUCUUUCAGAAAUUUCCUCCAAUAAACAGAAUCAUUCUUAUCCUGGUUUUAGGAGAAGUUUUAGUACAACUUCUGCUUCUUCCCAAAAAGAGAUUAACAGAAGAAAUGCUUUUGCCAAAUCCAAGACUGCUCUGCGGCGCAGCUGGAGCAGCACGGCCCCCGCGGGCGGCGUGGAAGGGGCCGUGAAGCUGCACGAGGGGUCUCAGGUCCUCCUCACGAGCUCCAAUGAGAUGGGGACCGUGAGGUACGUGGGCCCCACUGACUUCGCUUCAGGGAUCUGGCUUGGACUUGAGCUUCGAAGCGCCAAGGGGAAAAACGAUGGAGCAGUGGGUGACAAGCGCUACUUCACCUGUAAGCCGAACCACGGAGUCUUAGUGAGACCAAGCAGAGUAACCUAUCGGGGAAUAAAUGGGGCAAAGCUUGUGGAUGAGAAUUGUUGAGUUAAACUUCUAAAAUAUUAAAUGAGCUCAUACAUACAUUUGUAUAUGGUGUAAUAUAGUCCAUGGCAAACGGUUUACUUUAUUUAGCCAUUAUUUAAAAUUUGAAAAUAUAGGUAUCUUCAUAAAAACCGUUAUAACAAUUCAGAGAGAUUCCUUUAAAAAGCUAGACAUAUGAACUAUGGAAAUCAUGGUCCUGUUAAAACAAUUUCAAAAUAAACAUUUUUUAAAGCAUUUAAAGCUUUAGACCCAAGAAAAUUCUGAGACUUAGGAAAAAAUGUGCCAUUGGGUAACCAACUGAUGUUGCUUACUCUGUUCACUUGCACACAGUAGUGGAUUUUUCAGAUGCUGUAAUUGUGAAGGUUUUCACUAGUUUUAGUUAACAUAUGAUGUUCACAUGACCUUUUUCUGUCAAGUAUUUUUGGAGUUUUUAUUUCUGUACUAAUAAGUACAAUAAGAGAAUAGUAGCUAUAUGACUAGUGUAUUUUUCAUAUUUUUGGUAAAAUUAUUUGCCCUUUCAGGAAUGCCUCAUCUAAAGAUAAGUUAGAACUGUGGAGUUGGAUGGGGCCUCGUGGCUCUCCAGCUCAGCCUCGCACACGUUGGCAAAUAUGGGAAAGGAGGUCUCAAGUGGUUCUUCUCUUACCCGGGUCACCAACUAGUUGGUUAACAGAGCUGAGAAUAGGACAUGGGUCUCCUGACUUGUGCCUCAUGCUCUUUCUUCUAUACAAAGCAUGUUAUCUCAGAUUUUUCCUCUGUGUUGAUGACUGCCUCAUUUGGAUGAACUACAAAAGCCCAUGAUUAGGUUUAUGAAUUCAAGUCAUCAUUAGAAUUCUUUGCACUUACUUAUUUAACUUCCUUAUCGGACAUAUCUAUAAAACACACAUACACACGAAGCACUUUUAAAACGUGAUGCACUUUCAUCUUUGUGGAGAAUUUGCCAUCAUUUCCUCCUGGGAUAUGAAAAACAUUUGAAAAAAUUAUAUUUAAGAGGAGAGCAAGUUAAGAUGUGUUAGGAAGAAUGUAGCAGUUAUUCAUUUAAAUGUUUAUGAUUUCUCAAUUUUUUUGUUUUAUUCAUAAAACUGGUAUUGUGUUUGCUGUCAUUGCUGUUCUUACAUUUACAGGUGUUGCAGAAUUCAGCCUGUUAUAAAGCUACAGAACUGUGUCGUGUUUUUAUUUUCCUUUUUGAGCACAUGUUAACAAACUAAGCUUCAUAAUAGUCAUGUAAUAGUGCAAAAUAUUUGUGUUGUGGGUAUGUAUUGAAGUUUAUGUCCUAUAUGUAUAAAGAUUUAUCUUUUAUUGUAGGUAUUUAGAUGUUAAACUCCUACAGAAACAUCGGAACAGUUUGCUUUAUAAGAUUAAAAGUCUCCUUCGGAAUGGAGCUCGCUUUAUGCUUAGGAAUAAUAUGUUGAACUAUUUUGCAAUAUACUAUUUAAAAUCUAAAUUCCGUUGCUUUGCUGCCUUUUUAAAAAAGUGUGGUAUUUCAAAAAUUGCUAGAGCUAUUUUCCUGAAAUGCAUUUGCAAAAUAAGGCUGCUUUAUAAUCAAGGAAUAUUUUUAUUGAUUGAAGAAAAUGACUGUACUGCGAUUCAAAAGUAAACUUAUUUUAUUAUAUAGCUUAUUUCUUAAAAACUCUAUUUAUACCUUAACGUGAAAUUCAUCACUACACUGAACUUGGGUGUCCAUAAUUCUUCCUGUUAGAUAUGAAACACUAUAAGUUAGAAACAGUAAUGCCAGUGCUGAAUUUAUUUUGAGGUUAGAGAAAUGUUCGUCGUCAUAUUUAGAUUAGGAUGAUUAAAUCCAGAUAAUGUAUAUGUUUACAUAUACUAUAUAUGCAAAUUAAGUGUUUUCAUUUGUGUUCUGCUUGUUAAAUGUCAUUCAAAGUUCACUUCUGGAGCAUUAAUAAAAAGGGAAGCUCUUUUGGUUUUGGAAUGAUAUCUCGUCAUUUACUCCAUCUGCAGUUUGCCCUUGCUC